AUGGCCUCAAAGAAAAGACAUAUGAUCCGUGGAGGCACUGACCAAGAGGAUGCAUCUAAUCUCAAGCUGGGAGAAGAAUUUGAUGGAGCUCAAUGUUUGUAUAUUUCAGAAGUUAGAAUCAUUCUCGAAGCACAAGAAGACUCAAAAGAAAAUGGAACAGACACCAGACCUCGAACAAACGUCAUGGCAAAAACCUUGGAUUAUGUUCGCGCCUUCAGUAGAUUUAGCAACAUUGAAUCUGUGCGUGAAGUCAGACAAGUUCUCGCAAAAGAAAACCUGGCACAAUUCGAAGUAGCACAGAUCGCUAAUCUGUGCUGUGAAGAUGCAGAGGAGGCUAAAGCGCUAAUUCCAAGCUUGGAGAACAAAGUAGAGGUCCCUGAGUUGCAGGAAAUGUUGAGUCAAAUGUUGACAAUCAAAAAGUUUCAGGGUUAA